AGAUUGAGGUCCCAGGGCCAAAGGAACGCCCCUCUCCCCAGCGCGGGUUGGGGGAAGGCAGGUCCGGGAGUGAGCGCACGCCGCGCCCUCGGAGCCUCGUUCCCUCGCCACGCCCACUUCCUGCCCCCAUCCCGCGCCUUUCCAGGUCCUCUCCCGGUGAACCGGAUGCUCUGUCAGUCUCCUCUUCAGCGUCCUCGGCCGCGGCCCGGGUCGCUCUCAAAGCCACUGCCACCCCCGAGAGCCCAGCCAGGGGGCUCCCGGAGGCUGGCGGGGCGGGCGUGGUGCGCUGUAGGAGCUGGGCGCGCACGGCUACCGGGCGUGGAGGAGACACUGCCCUGCCACUAUGGGGGCCCGGGGCGCUCCUUCACGCCGCAGGCAAGCGGGGCGGCGGCUGCGGUAUCUGCCCACCGGGAGCUUUCCCUUCCUUCUCCUGCUGCUACUCCUCUGCAUCCAGCUUGGGGGAGGACAGAAGAAAAAGGAGAAUCUUCUAGCUGAAAAAGUAGAGCAGCUGAUGGAAUGGAGUUCCAGACGCUCGAUCUUCCGAAUGAAUGGUGAUAAAUUCCGAAAAUUUAUAAAGGCACCACCUCGGAACUAUUCCAUGAUUGUUAUGUUCACUGCUCUUCAGCCUCAGCGGCAGUGCUCUGUGUGCAGGCAAGCUAAUGAAGAAUAUCAAAUACUGGCAAACUCCUGGCGCUACUCAUCUGCUUUCUGUAACAAGCUCUUCUUCAGUAUGGUGGACUAUGAUGAAGGGACGGAUGUUUUUCAACAGCUCAACAUGAACUCUGCUCCUACAUUCAUGCAUUUUCCUCCAAAAGGCAGACCUAAGAGAGCUGAUACUUUUGACCUCCAAAGAAUUGGAUUUGCAGCUGAACAACUAGCAAAGUGGAUUGCUGACAGAACAGAUGUUCAUAUUCGGGUUUUCAGACCACCGAACUACUCUGGUACCAUUGCUUUGGCCCUGUUAGUAUCGCUUGUUGGAGGUUUGCUUUAUUUGAGAAGGAACAACUUGGAGUUCAUCUAUAACAAGACUGGUUGGGCCAUGGUGUCUCUGUGUAUAGUCUUUGCUAUGACUUCUGGCCAGAUGUGGAACCAUAUCCGUGGGCCUCCAUAUGCUCAUAAGAACCCACACAAUGGACAAGUGAGCUACAUUCAUGGAAGCAGCCAGGCUCAGUUUGUGGCAGAGUCACACAUUAUUCUGGUACUGAAUGCUGCUAUCACCAUGGGGAUGGUUCUUCUAAAUGAAGCAGCAACUUCCAAAGGAGAUGUUGGAAAAAGACGGAGUAAGUCUCUGUGUUGACAUUUUUGUAAUUUCGU